AUGGUUCGUGCUGAUUGUAAGGAUCUACUUGAGAAUGGUCACACUAAUUCCGGUGUAUACGAGAUCUAUCCUAAUGAUAACGACCCCCGUCCACUCAGUGUGUACUGUGACAUGACCACAAUGGGAGGCGGAUGGACGGUUAUACAAAAACGAGUGGAUGGAUCCCUGAGCUUUAACAAGGACUGGGAGACUUAUAAGAUUGGUUUUGGUUCACCAGAACAGAAUGUUUGGAUCGGUAAUGACAUUAUACAUCAGCUAACAAAGGGAAACAACUCGUCCCUUUAUGUCUCAAUCACUCAUCAGAAUGGUACAAGUCUGUUCGAGUUGUACGAAAAGUUCGCCAUUUCUAACGAAACGGAGAAGUAUAAACUAUUUCUGGCGGGAACUGCAGAGGGGACAUUAG